GGUAGCACCGAGUGCUGGCUGGCUCCGCCGAUUACUCCGUCAGGCUCGAUUUCAACUCCACGCCGGCGAGCUCUCCGUCUUGGACACCGCGAAAGAGACCGAAGAUCGAUCCUCCCGUCGCGAUGGCGGCACCAUUCCUGCAGCCUCUGCCGCCGGGCGUCUACUUCAACCCGUCGGCGGAGGAGUGCGUGCGCGACUACCUGCGGCCCUGGAGGAACGCCGGCGUGCGGCCGGCGACGGACCGGAUCAUCGUCGACGUCAACGUCUACAGCGACAGGCCCGACACGCUGCUGCGGGGGCGGCAGCCGGGGUUCUCGCGCGGCUUCCACUACAAGUCUACAAGUGGCUCAUGCUCACCCACUGCGUCCGCGUGUGCGGGGGCAAGAAGGGCCGCGCCACGGCCCGCGCCCGGCGCAACGUCGCGACGGGCGGCAACUGGAAGGUGGAGCAGAGGGCCAAGGGCGUCGCCGAGCACGCCGGCGGCGAGGACGACCCGUCCGGCGGCGGCGACCGGAGGCGCACCAACGGCUUCUACCUCGGCAGCGGCAAGGGGAAGUGCGUCAAGACGCCGUGGCUCAUGGAGGAGCUCACCACCGAGGAGGACGAGGCCGACGCCGCCGCCGGAGGCUGGAGAGGCGAGACGUCUCGCCGCGCGCGUCCGAUGAGGAGAAGCUGGCCAUCUUCGGGGAGGACGGGGUCCCCUUCGACCGCGACGGCAAGGCAAAGACGGUCAUAAUGGUCGACCUGCCCGCGGACUUGUUCGAUGCCAUCGCCGAGAGUGUAUACGGAGCCCAGGGCCCGGCGCCGCCGCCGCCGCUGCCGCCGCCAGCGCCACGUGUGUUUGGACUUCAGCAGCAAUGCCAGCCCGCGGCACCGCCGCCGCUCCGCGUUCAGUACGGGCAGGCCGCUCUUGGACAUGGCCAUGGCCACGCCGUGCUGCCGCCGCUCGUCCACGCUCAUCAACACGGCCACGGCUGGGCUCACGCUCAUCCGGGCUUUCUUGGUUACCAACACGGUCAGGGCGCGCCGUGUCGGAUUCAGGGCGGUCCCGGUCAGUACUGCGCCGUCGAGGUGCAGCCGCGGUGGCGCCACGUUGUUGAUCUUUACCAAAUCCAGGGAGCCUCGCCGGGCUUGUCUGGGUAUUAUUACAACCGCCAGGACGAGGCCCUUCUUUACCAGUAUGCAUCGCCGUCGUUCGUCCGUCUUGAUCCAGGCGAGGAGGAGGAGGUGAUCCGCACGCAGAAGAAGAAGCCGCGGCUGGAGUACGAUUCGCAGUCCCAUGGCGGCGGGCACAGCGACAAGUCGAGCUGCGUGGUCCAAGCUUCCACACCCCAGCAGGAACAAGGCGUCGCCGACGCCAAGGUCUUCCAAGAAUCAGCAGAGCACGUCGCCAAGCCGUCGCCGCCGCAACCGCAAGAGAUCCCCGGCACGGCCACGGGACCGCCGGCGGAGUCGAGGCGUGACCAUGACCGUGACUUCAUCGCGGACGUGGACCUACAGGAGGAGCAGCUCGUCGACCAUGUGCCGGACAUCCUGAUGCGCGGUGGCGACGAGCCGCCGCUGCAGCUGGGUUUCGACGAGUUUCCAUUGGAGGAUUUUAUGAAGGACGUCCCUGACUUCUGGCGGCAGCCCGGAGCCCCGGACUGACAUUAGUGUUGGAGGAUUAAUUUGUUGCAGUUAACCGACCCUAACUUUAGUGUGACCGUGUGUUGGAAUUAGCAUAGCAUAGGGUAAUCUUUGGAUUCCUCUUUGAUUUGUCUGGAUACAAUAAAUAACAGAUUUUCUCCUCUUCAGUCGAUUGAGAUUUUGUCUUUCCCUCAAUCGACGAUGUGAUGCGUUGGAUCAGAUAUCAGCGGUCAUGAGUGAUUCAUGUAUAAUUGUUGAAUGGUGCACCCAUUUGACUGUUAUUGGGUUCAGUCCUAUCGCCUAGUUACCAGGAUUGCAUUUAUUUCCUUCCCCUCCACUUCUCUCCCUUUCUUCUCCCUCUAGCAAGUCCAGCGCAGUGGUGGGGAUCUCCCAUGGCGUUGGCGCACCGCAGCGGCGGGGAUGUCCCACGGCGCGGCUGCGCGGGCGCCGGGGUGUCAGGCUGCAUCUGGGUCCUUCCUCUAUUAUCCCUAGAUGAGGUCCGCUUGCGCCGCACUGAAUGAAUCAAUUAGGAGGUCGCUCGGGCUUCGUUCUUCGCUAGAUGCUCACAGCAUUGAGCCGGCUUAUGGCGCUCGCGCCUCGAGCUCGUCGCUGUGAGGAGUCUUCUCCGCUAGCAUUAUUUUCUCCAUUUCUCAUUGGUUUGUGUGCGAGAUGGUUUUGCUAGGGUUGAUAUUUGGUUUUGUCUGUUGAUUUGCAGCUAUAGCCAUCCAGCUCUUGGCCGGCAGCCCACUCACCGCCCUUGAGAUCCAGGCUGCAUGUGAGCAUUUCCGAUUCGCUCCUCUGUGUAUCUCGUGCGCCCAUAUGGAUCCCAUGGUUGCAUUGCAUCAUAUUCCCCCUCCAUUUCCUGGAGUAAGCAAUUCCAACUUCUUUCCUGGAUCUCGAUUUUUAUUGUUCUGUACUUGUUUCCCCCGAUAAAUGUGUAGCCUACCUCGAUUUGUGCUGUUCUAGAAUUUCCUCUUGUGUUUAUGUGUGAUUUGCACCUGUGCUAUUUAUAACUAGGCUUCUGAAUAGGUAUAAAAAAAUUCUCACUUAUAUAAUUAAAUUUGAUUUAUGUGCUAUAAUUAAAUUGUCUUCCAAUGAUAUCGUGAUAGAAUCCUCACUUUUAUUUCAUUUUAGUGUAAUUUGUGCAUAAGACAACUAUAAGAACCUCAAAUCGCAAUAUUUCACUGUAUUUCACAGUGUAAUUUUUCUCCAUUGAUAUAAUUCUAGGAUAAUGCAAGUGCCCCUUUAUCACUGUGUCUUUUAUGUGGUCCCUUUGCCUUGUGUUUCUACUUUCACGAUUCUUUUAGCUAGAAGGGGUUAGUUUAUUCCCUCCAAUUUUUAAUUAUAGUGACUAUAUAUGCGUCCAAGUGGAGCAAAACAAAAUCACUUUGCCACUACUGCGAGGGAUUAGGAUCCUACUUUUGCAAGCAAGGUAUUUUUCAAGUUUCUUUCCCGAUUAUAGUUUAAAUAUGUUACAGUUACAUAGAAUGAUUUUGUUGUAUCUUAUGUUCUUGCUGGAUGUAACCUUUUAGUUUGAGGGGUAUAAUCGGACCUCUUUUAUUCAAUAUUUAGUAGCAUCUGUUCAUAUAUGCAUCUUUGUAGACUUUAUUUUUUGUAUAUCGACUCAUGCCUUUUCUGCUAAGAUGUGCCGGUCCUUUCUUGGACAUUUAUGAGUUACUUUUUUUUUGUGUGUGACACUAUAUUCUGGUAGUUGGACUUUUUUUUAUUUCAAUUAGAGUUGUCUAAUGCUGUACUUACAUAGUUACACCCAAAUUUUGGUGUAUCUUGUAUGUAUGGCCACUAUGAUUUAAAAAAAAUAUGCGUGCAACUUACAUCAAUCAUUUCUUUUAUUCAUUAUGCAGCAACCAUGUCUGGGUACUAUGCAUUUCUAUUGCUUUUUCUAUUGCUUGUUAUCAGCCUAAAAAUUGUACCUCUAAACCAAUGUUGUAAGCUGUGUUUUUUCUUGUUAACAACCAAAAUUUGCACUAUAAAUGUGUGUGUUUCAGAUGUGCUUUUUUUCCUGUUGUCAACCAAAAAGUUGCACUGUAAAUGUGUGUUUUUCAGAUGUGUUUUCUUUUCUUGUUAUCAGCCUAGAAAUUGUACCUAUAAAUGUGUAUUUUCUUGUUUAGAUAUGUGGCUUUUUGCUUGUUAUAUCAGCUUGGAAAUUGUACCUGUAAAUGUCUAGGGUAAAUGUAACUUUAUUAUCCACAAAAAAUUGUACAAGUAUUUUUUUGAUAUUUUCUUGGUGUCAAACGAUUGAGAUUUUCUUUAUCUUUCAGUCGACACCCUGUCCUGUCUGUUUGUAGCUGGAUGACCAAGAUAGCUCUGUAUGGAAAAUAUGUUUGCAGGCCCGCUCGCAAGCAAAUUAUCUUGUUAGCUAUUAUCGGGUCAGUUUUUGCUCGACCUGUUAGCUGCAGCGGAUCACUCCGUGCCUGGAUCCAUUUGGGCUUUGUUCUCAUCACCGAGCCAGGCCGAGAAGAGGAGUUGAAGCGUUGGGGGCCUGGGGCGAUUCGGCGACCUCAUCGGCUCUAGCACCUGCGUCAGGCGUUGAGGUGAGCCAGGGGUCUAAUACAUUUUGCCUCCAAGUAAUAUAAAACCAAGAAAGAAGGUGUUUGCAACUAAGCAUAACAUAUGAAGGUUCAUCAGUUAUGCUCAGAAUCUUUGUGGACAUACAUUACAGAUUUACAGUUGCUCUAGAUAUAAUCAUGUUUGAACAUCCUCAACAUUGAUCUCCUUUGUCAUUGUUGUGGUAUCAUAGGAAAGCAGAGCCUCUUUUCUGCAUUUGUCUUUUCCUUUGUGAUAUAACAAGACACAAACUUAGGGAAAUUACCUAUUUGAUUUUGUUGAAAAUUUUCACUGAUGCAUGUAAAUUGAAGUUCCUAUCUGUUUGUUUUUUUA